AUGCAAGAUGAGGAAGCACAGGACAAGAUACAGCAGCCUGUCAGCAAAGUAAUUGUGCGGAACCGACUUAAAGCGGUGCUAAAAAACUUGUCGCUCUUGAAGCUGCUCAAGAGCUCGAACCCUCGGACCCAACAGCUGCAUAACCUGGCCAGAAGGUGUUGGAAUUCACUGCUCAGAGUUCCGAAGAUGCUCGGGGUCUCCUCCGGGUACGACGACGUCUGGGAUAAAGCAGAACAAAAUAAAAAAGAUCUUCAGGAGGCUGGGUGUCCCAGCAAGAAACUGGACUCCAAGAAAUCAGAGCCCCUAAGGGAGUCUGAGGAGUCAAGGCCCAAGGCGGCACCGGGGGAGAGGCACACGGCACAGACAGCAGGGCCACAGAGGGAGGAGCAGAUGCAGCCUGAGGUCCCCGUGACAUCAAAGGGUCAUGGCCUGCCCACUGACCCUGGAGCCCAGGAGGGGCAAUCACCCACUGGGGACCCCCGAGUCGUCUUCCUGAAGACCCGCCAGUACAGAACUCCCAUGAAGGACAUGAAGCAGCUGGAAACAGCAGACCAGUGUAUCUGGUUUGAGGGGCUGCCCACACGAGUCCACCUCCCAGGGCCCCGGGUGAUGUGCAGAUCAUCCGCCCUGCGCUGGGUCAAGCGCCGCUGCACCCGCCUCUGCUCCGCAUCACUUGAGCUGCCAAUGGUCCGUCCAUACAAGGUGCGACCUUGGAUGGGAGCCAGAGGUGUGCGGAGAGGGCAGAGAUUGCGCAACCAUCUGAACGGGAGGGAUGGGCGGGAAAAUUCGCGAGUCUACAAAUAA